GACAGAUCACCUUUUUCUGUAAAAGCCCAAUAAUAUCACUGGGAACUUACAAAAAAAUUUCACUUCUAUUUAAUACCCCAAUUCCUCGGCCCAUUAACCCAAGCCCAUUUCCCUGUCACCCCUAGGUUUUCUGGGAGAAACCAUAUAUAUAAACUCUAUCGCAGCUGAUAUAUUAAAGUUAGCCUCCCUUCCUCUCUAUCAUAAACCCUAACCACAGAGAGAGAGAGAGAGUGAACAGAGUUUAGCAAUGGCGGCAAAGCAGAAGAAGGUGAGCAGGAAUCCAGACCUCAUCCGUGGUGUCGGGAAGUUUUCCCGAUCCAAAAUGUACCACAAGCGUGGUUUGUGGGCCAUCAAGACCAAGAACGGCGGCGCUCUGCCCGUCCACGCUAAGAAGCCCGCCGACGAGCCCAUGCCUUCCGCCGCCGUCAAGGCCACCAAGUUCUACCCGGCCGAUGAUGUCAAGAAGCCGCUCGCUAACAAGCGCAAGCCCAAGCCCACCAAGCUUAGGUCGAGUAUUACUCCUGGAACUGUCUUGAUCGUUUUGACCGGGAGAUUCAAGGGUAAAAGAGUUGUUUUCUUGAAGCAGCUUGCCUCUGGGUUGCUUCUCAUCACUGGUCCCUUCAAGGUUAAUGGUGUUCCUUUGAGGAGAGUCAAUCAGGCUUAUGUGAUUGCAACUUCAACCAAGAUUGACAUUUCUGCCAUUAACUUGGAUAAAUAUGAUGACAAGUACUUCGCCAAGCAGGUCGAGAAAAAGAAAAAGAAGGGUGAAGGCGAGUUCUUUGAUGCAGAGAAAGAGGUUUGUUUGUAAUUUCACUGUGAUCUUCCGCGUACAUUUUUAUUCUGUGUUAUGGCCUUUUGUUCUCACUGUUCCACCUUAAUUUCAGGCCAAGAAUGUUCUCCCUCAGGAGAAGAAGGAUGACCAGAAAUCCAUUGAUGCAGAGCUCAUUAAAGCAAUUGAGGCUGUCGCUGACUUGAAAUUCUAUUUGGGUGCUAGGUUCUCGCUUAAAUCCGGCGACAAACCACAUGAGCUUGUUUUCUAGAAAGGAUGUGUCUGGAGUAUUGUUCAAAACUGCAUUUGCUUUUUAUGUUCUUUUCUGAAUUAAUUAUGCUUGGCAUUAGACUUUUUGAGGUAUGUACUCCUAUGUUGACAGAAGGCAAAUUUUGUGGUAGCUUAAUAUACUCUCUUGAAAGCACAGUCGUAGUUUAUGUAGUUUUUCUCCAUGUUUGACCUCUCUUUUUAAGCUUAUCAUUCAAAACCAGGAGAUGUUUUUAUCAGAACAUAAUCAUUCUGCCAUCAAGAUAUAAAAGGUUAGAUGGAUGUGAAAGUUUAGCCCUACAAAAUCUUUGAGAUACUGAAUUUGAGAUCUCACCUGCGAUGUGGAGCUCAACUCCUUCCUUUGUCGUAAGUAAUUAGAGUUUAGAAUUUUGGAGGUUUAUGGAAUUACGUACCUCUAGAUACACCCGGAGCGACAACUGAAAGUGCCAUGAAUCCAGCAAUUGGCUCCAGAUUCUCUAUUGUGGCUGUGCUUUCCGAUAAAUGGUAUAAAGAAUUUGCAGUUAGUUUUUACUUUUUGGAAGAUAUUUAGCAUAGUCGCUAGGAGGCGUUGUUCCAAGUUUGAUUAUUUGUGAUGUUUUGAUCAAAUUGGC